UGUUGCGCCGUUGCCGGCCGAGCAUCUCGGAGCCGCUGAGGCGCGGCCAUGACGCGGCACGGCAAGAACUGCACGGCGGGGGCCGUGUACAGCUACCACGAGAGGAAGAAGGACACAGCGGCCUCGGGUUACGGCACGCAGCGGGUGCGGGUGGGGCGUGACGCCAUCAAGGAUUUCGAUUGUUGCUGCCUGUCCCUGCAGCCCUGCCGGGACCCCGUGGUGACCCCCGAUGGGUUCCUGUACGAGCGCGAGGCCAUCGUGAGUUACCUGCUGCACCAGAAAACCAAAAUCGCCCGGGAGACCAAGGCCUGGGAGCGGCAGCGCGCCGAGCGGCGGCGGCAGCGGGAGCAGCAGCGCGGGGAGGGCGCGGCCCGGGCCCUGCGGGGAUUCCUGGAGGCCGAGACCCCCCUGGGCAGCGGGGGAGGGGCGGCCGAGAGCCCCGCGAGCGGCG